CAUCCCUUUCAUUGUACCCUAGAAAAAACACAACAUCCUUAAAAAAAAAGACAAGUACAAUGGAAAACAUGAAUUACGGCGAGGAACUUGUAAGAGAAUUCCUAAUCUUCAGAGGAUUCACAACAACAUUACAAUCUUAUGAAAAAGAAUUAUCAUCAGAUUUUGGCAAUUCUUUUCAUAAUCAACACAAAAUCUUUGAUCUUAUUUUCUCUAUUUACAUUCCUAAUUUCCAGCCUCAAAAUCUUAUAUCUCUUUUCUCCUUUUUCAAACAAUCCUUUUCUUCUCAUCAAGAUUCUCAUUUGAUUCAUACUUUAUCCAAAUUACAGAUCUCCAUCCUUAAAUAUUACAUUGUUUUUGCUUUUCAAGCUGGCAGAAAUGAUAAAAUUGUUGAGCUUUUUAAAGUUCAUGGUGAUGAUCUGAUGAAACAAAAUCAUGGUUGGGUGUCUUGGUUUGCAAUUCCAUAUAUGAAGAACCCGAGCUUGGAUCCGUUGUUUCGGGUUUAUUUUACCAAGGAAUGGAUUGAUGGUCUGAAUCUUUCUGUUAGGAAUUUUUUGAGUGAAGUGUUUAAUGGAACUCGCAUUCCUGCAUUGUUGAAAAUUAGUUCGGAAAAGCAUGCUGUGAAUCGUCUCAAGAAUGACAUUAAGCAUCUUAAUACUAGAUUGUCACAACUUCAGGCUUUGUUAGAGGAAAAGGAAUCUCAGUUAUCUCAGUCAAGGAGUAAUAUUGCAACUACUCGCCAACUAAGCAUCGGGCAUAUCAAUGAAUCGGUGUGCUCAUCUGCACCUCAGAAUCGGCCAAGCUAUUUACCUAAUGAACCAUCUGUUACAUCCAAAGAAACACGUACUAGUAAUUUGAGUGGGAGACAGUCAUUAGGCAAGGAUGUUAAUCUACCCGAGGGUUCAGGAGAUGAUGAAAUUCAACAAGAGGAUGAUUUUGCAGAAGUCAAAGUUGACUUUCAGGAGACUUUCUUGGGACACACAAGUCCUAUUAGCUGUUGCAGGUUCUCUACAUCAGGGGACAACAUUGCAAGUGCUUCUGUUGAUGGCACAGUCAGGAUAUGGACAUACGACUCAUCAACUUCAGCAUCAAGGAAUGCAACCAUCUAUUGUGGGGCAGAGAUCAUGUCACUCGAAUGGGACUGCAAAUCUGACCGCUUGCUUCUCAUAGGCACUGCUGAUGGAGGUAUAAAAGCAUGGAAUGUUGAUGCAAAGAGAGUUGUUUGUGAUCUCAGUACGACUGAUGCAUUUCCAUGUGUUCUGGAUCUAAAAUGCAGCCCUGUGGAACCAUUAUUUGUGUCUGCGGCCGCAUCCCGAGGGCAUGGCUCAAGUUAUAUUGAUAAGCUGGGAUUUGCUUCACUGACCGUGUGGAAUAUGAGAACAUGGAAGGCCAUGACAGUCCUUCCUCUUGGGAAAGAUCCACCUGCAAUUACAUCCCUAUGCUUCAACCACAACGGAAAGAUUUUAGCGGCUGCAGCAACCGAUGGAAUGAUUCACAUGUUUGAUAUGUCAGCCGGUCUGCAAAUCACCGGAUGGCCAGCUCAUGAUUCUGCUAUCAGCUCUGUUCUUUUUGGGCCAGACGAGACUAGCAUAUUUACUUUGGGUAUAGAUGGAAAGGUAUUUGAGUGGAGCUUGCAAAGUCCGGGUAAGGUUCUCUGGUCGAAAAAUAUUAACAGGUUUUGUAAUCUCCAAAGUUCACAAUAUUAUAGACAUGAAAUGGCUCUAGAUGCAAAUGGUAAACGACUUUUGGUGACAUCUGAUUCAGUCAGAGCUCCAAUAUACCAGGUUCAGGAUCAUAUGAACGGGCUAAAAACGCUUCCUCAUAGUGCAGCCAUAUCGACUGUAGACUGGCAUCCGACCUUGCCUAUCUUCUUGACAGGAUCAGUGGACAACUCCGUUCGGGUCACAUCAAUCUUAUGAUGGUUUACUGUUUGAUGCCUUUCAUUGUCUUUGGCUGAUGGUUUCAUUGGUCGUGAAGAGAGUAGUUUCUUUGGAGUUUUGUGUGUUUAGUUUCUUAUAGAAGAGGGUUUUGUUUUCAAUAUAGAGGUUGUUUUAGCAGUUGAUAGUGACUGAUCAAAAUCUGUUGACAUCAGUACCCAACAUGAGAUUGAUCACAAGAAGUUCAUGACUAGUUCACUUCAAAUACGGCCCUGGUUUUGUUUGAGGGAAACUAGUUACAGAAAAGGUUUAAAUAUUCAUGGUUGGAUUAGAGCUGAAUAGUAAACUUCUUACUCUGUAUGUAACAAGUUGUACAUGUUAAUAUUACACAUCAUUUGCCUGUG